CAUCGAGCGCGAGCUGAGGGCCACGAAGCAGCGCGCCGCGGAGCUGGAGGUGGAGCUGCAGGCCUGCCAGGAAAAGCUGGAGGUGUACCAGCUGACAAAGGGGCCCCCCGGCGGUGAUGCGCGCCAGUCGCCGCAGUCCACCUCUCCCGAUGAUGGGAAGAGCGUUGAGGAGCUCAAACGAGAGCUCACGCAGCUGCGGGAAGUGUGCAAUCGAGACAAAGAGGAAGUGGAAAAAAUACGCAAGCUGCUCGAGCGGGAAUGCGAGAUGUCUCUGGAGGCCCGCGCCGCCAUGGAGGCGGCAGAGCAGGCCCUCGAGACAUCGAAGAAGGAAAUGAGCCAGGAGGUGCAGCGGCUGAAUCUGGAAUUGAAGAGGCGCGAGGAAAAGAACCAAAAACUUGAGCAGCAGCUGAAGGACGCCAUGGGAGGCCUUGGGAAGGCUCUUGUUCGAUCUUUGACUGUGGGAACGGCUGGUUUGGGCUUGGAACCACCCGUGUGUGGCCUGGAAGAUGGCGAAAAUAUCUUUGAACUCAAGAUAUCCGAUGCCAGCAUGGAGGAGUCGCAGAUCGACAACGACGCGUCCACAUUCGUCAGUGUCGAUUUUUUCGAACACGACACACAGGCCACCCAGAUAAGGGUCGGCACAAAUCCAUGCUUCGAUAUGCUGAUUCCAUACGUUGUCCGAGCAGAUGCCUUCUUCGUUAAGUACUUGGACACAGCUCAGCUGGUCUUCGAGCUCAACCAGGCCCACGGGUUGGACUAUGGCACAAUUGCGUGCGGAAGGUUCCGGUUGAAGCGCGUCCUCGAGCAAGCGGAGAUGGGCGCAGGUGUCGGCGAUCGAUGGGCUCUCCAUCAAGUGGACCUGAUCGGCGCCGCGAAUCAAUUUGUUGGAAGGCUGAGGAUUGGCCACAGGCUGAGGAACCCAAUAAUCGCUGCAAUUCAGGAAUACCGCAGCGAGCAGGGGCGAAAGGAGACGCUGCAUCCUGACAGAAGCGCCGCUGAUGGUCCGCAGGCUUCAGGCUCACGCGCUUGGCCCACGACCCACCUGCGGGUGGUUGUGCACAAGUGUGAGGGUCUGCCUCAGGCGGAUCCCAGGCAAGUGCCGCGGCCUUACGUAAGUUACAGGCUGCCGGGGCAGGACGACACGUACGACACCAGGUUUGGACAGAGCGCCAAUCCAGAGUUUGACGAUGAGGCGACGUUUGAAAUCGUGCGCACGCACGAGUUUGAAGCCCAGCUGAAGGCGGAGCCCCUGGAGUUCGUGGUCUACGACGACUCGGACAUGUCGG